AUGGAGGCAGAGCGCACUAAGGUCGCCGAGCUGCAUGCAAACCAGCUAGCGAUGUCCCAGCAGCUGGCAAUCGCGCGGACGCAGGAGAUGGCACAGCGGCGGGAGCUCGACAGCGCGAGCGACGAGAUCGAUCAACUCCGGCGGCGGCAUACGCGUGAGCUCGAAGACCUGGACGUGGAUCUGCGCCGCAAGGACCGCGAGAUCCGCUCGUUACGGGAUGAGCUCUCGACAUGCCAGGAUGACCUACAGCGGGAACGCGAGACGGUGGCUGGUUUGAAAGCCACGCUGUCGCACCAAUCCACUGCACAGGUGGCUCUCUCGACACAACUGUCAGCCAUGCAAGCACAGCAUGGCGCCACACAGGCGCAGCUGGAUGGUCAACAUCGAGCGUAUUUGGACGUCACGAUUGAGCUGGAGGCGGCGCGCAAGAGAAUAACAGAGCUCGAGCAUGAGGCCCGGGAGAGCGAGACGCUCCGACGUAAACUGCACAACCAAGUACAGGAGUUGAAGGGCAACAUUCGCGUCUUCUGUCGUGUGCGGCCGCUACUUUCGGAAGAAGCAAAAGCACGCAUGCUUUUCCCUGAUAAGAUGGACCACAAGGAGAUAGUUCUGAGCUCAUCUAGUGAAAGCGCAACUGGACAAGAGCGUAAAGAUGAUUGGAUGUUCUCGUUCGACAGAGUUUUCGAGCCUCAUUGCUCCCAAGCCGAGGUCUUCGAAGAGAUCUCUCAGCUAGCCCAGAGUUGCACGGACGGAUACAAUGUGUGUGUAUUCGCGUACGGCCAGACGGGAUCGGGCAAAUCCUUCACGAUGGAAGGCGGUCAGACUGAGGCCACGGCAGGGAUGAUCCCGCGUGCUGUGGAGCAAGUUUUCCGAGUAGCAGAGCAGCUCAGAAGCAAAGGAUGGGAAUAUAAGAUGGAGGGCCAAUUCCUCGAGAUUUAUAACGAGACGAUCAACGACUUGCUUGGCAAGGGCGAGUUUGACAAGAAGAAGCACGAAAUCAAGCACGAUGCCAAGACAGGCCGUACGACAGUGACGGACGUGAACGUCGUCCCCCUCGCAUCUUCCACUCAAGUGCGCACGCUGCUUGCGCUAGCACAAUCUCGCCGUACUGUUGCGGCUACGCUUAUGAACGAACGCUCAUCGCGCUCGCAUUCAGUGUUUACGCUGCGCAUCCACGGGGAGAACCCAUUGACGGGUGAGGUGUGUGAAGGGAGCCUAAACCUUGUCGAUCUUGCCGGGAGCGAGCGGUUGGAGAAAAGCGGCGCUGCAGGAGACAAAGAGCGCCUGAAAGAGACGCAGAAUAUCAAUAGGAGUCUCAGUGCGUUAGGUGAUGUCAUCGCUGCCCUUGGGGAGAAGGGUGAGGGCAAGAACGACAAACACAUUCCAUACAGGAACUCGAAGCUCACCUAUCUGCUGCAAAACUCCCUGAGCGGGAACUCGAAAACACUGAUGGUGUUGAACCUUUCGCCGCUUGCCACGCACUUAAAUGAGUCACUGUGCUCGUUGAGAUUUGCCACCAAGGUCAACAACACGACCAUUGGUACAGCGAAGAAGCAGACGCGAGCUGCUAUUACUUCAUGAAGUACCUAUUCACUUGACUUAUUUCCUUGGACCACACGCCAUUCGUAUUAUUGUACAUAUUGUAGCUUUACAGAUCCAGACCAUUUGGCCCCGUC